AAAAAAAAGAGAGAGAGAGAAAUUGAAAGUGUCUCUCCUCGUUUGGUUUUUGGGGUGGGGUGGGGGUGCUUAAGCUUGAGCAAGAAGAUUCGAUGAGUCCGGAGAAUAAAUUGCUACCGAAGAGGAUCAUCCUUGUGCGGCACGGUGAAUCGGAAGGGAAUCUCGACACAGCGGCAUACACAACGACUCCGGAUCACAAGAUCCAGUUAACCGAAUCCGGUUUGCUUCAGGCUCAGGAAGCUGGAGCUCGUCUCCACGCCUUGAUUUCCUCUAAUCCUUCUUCCCCUGAGUGGCGCGUCUACUUCUACGUAUGAGAGCCACCAAGAAGGUCAGAGAACGAUUUGGCCGCUUUUUCUAUCGCUUCCCUGAGGGUGAAUCCGCCGCCGACGUCUUCGAUCGCGUCUCCAGUUUUCUCGAGUCACUAUGGAGAGACAUUGACAUGAACAGACUACACAUUAACCCGAGUCAUGAGCUAAACUUUGUGAUUGUAUCACACGGCUUAACAUCGCGAGUGUUUCUGAUGAAAUGGUUCAAGUGGACUGUGGAACAAUUCGAGGGACUAAACAAUCCCGGGAACAGCGAGAUCAGAGUUAUGGAAUUAGGACAGGGUGGUGAUUAUAGCUUGGCGAUUCAUCACACAGAGGAAGAGUUAACGGCCUGGGGAUUGUCACCAGAGAUGAUUGCAGAUCAGAAAUGGCGGGUUAACGCACAUAAAGGCGAAUGGAAAGAUGAUUGUAAGUGGUACUUUGGUGAUUUCUUCGAUCAUAUGACAGAUUCGGAUCAAGAGUGCGAGGCUGAGGCCACUGAUGAAGAAGAUGAAGAAGAUGAAGAAGAGGGGAAAAGAGUAAAUCUGCUAACGAGUUCAGAAUAUAACAAUGAGGCAGAGUUAUACAAUGGAAAAUGCUGCUGAUAAUUUUACAGAACAAAAAGGAUACAUGAGAAGAAACCAUUAACUACAGAAUUUGGAAAAAAAUUGGAUUUUGAUAAAGCUUUCUGAUUUCUUAGUUGGUGGAAAAGUGUGUACAAACUUGUAUCUGGUGGUCUAUAGAUACACAUCUUUAUAACACCCGUUACAUGAAAGUUUGAAGAUUCAUUUUCUUCUGUCAAAGCACUUGUCUUUGUGAAAGAAAGUUACAAAAAAUGUUCCCUUUAUACUGUGGCUAAGAAAUCUUGAAUUAAUGGAAAUGAUCCAUUUAAUCA